GAAGACCAAUGUUUACCACUGCAAAGAAUCCCAAAUGAGAAUAAGCUUCUGGAUGCUUCUAAUCUUUGCAUACAUGUACAUGUCUUGACAUGUUUGGAAGGUUUGGUGCAAAGAAAGCAAAAGAAAACGUAGACAACAAAAAGUAUUACGAGUUGCUUGGUGUUCCCACCAAUGCAUCAAAAGAUGAGAUAAAGAAAGCAUAUAGGAAGUUGGCUGUCAAACUACAUCCUGACAAAGGCGGUGAUGAAGAAAAGUUCAAGGAGGUAACAAGAGCUUUUGAGGUACUUUCAGAUGAUGAGAAACGCAGAGUAUAUGACGAAUAUGGUGAAGAAGGACUUUCUCAACAAGGCUUAGGAGCAAGUAUGAAUGCCGAAGACAUAUUUGAGGCAUUCUUUGGUGGAGGUCUUUUUGGAAGGUCAAAGGGAAAAAGUCGAGGACCGAAGAAAGCUGAGGAUGUUGUGCAUACGUUGAAAGUAACUCUUAAAGAUCUUUAUCUGGGAAAGACAGCCAAGUUAGCGUUGAACCGACAUCGGAUUUGUGGUGAUUGUUCAGGAAAGGGAACGAAGAGUGGAACUGAAGCAGUUACUUGUUCUCUAUGUAGUGGAAGAGGCAUAAGAGUCCAAAUUCGCCAAAUGGGUCCUGGAAUGAUACAGCAAGUUCAGACCACGUGUUCGGAAUGUAGUGGUAGUGGAGAAACCAUUCGAGAUAGUGAUAAGUGUUCCAAGUGUCACGGCAAGAAAGUGGUAAGCGAGAAGAAAAUUCUGGAAGUCUACGUUGAGCCUGGUAUGGAAAGUGGUCAAAAGAUUGUUAUAUCUGGAGAGGCUGAUGAAGCUCCAGGUUGUUUACCUGGAGAUGUUAUUAUUGUUGUCGAAGAAAAACCUCAUGAAGUUUUUCGGAGACAGGGCAUUCAUUUAUUAAUGAAGAAAGAUAUUCAUUUAGUAGAAGCACUUUGUGGAAUGACAGCUGUUGUUGACCACUUAGACGGACGAAAGUUGCUAUUGAAAACGGAACCUGGUGAGAUUAUUCAUCCUGAUAUGCUCAAAUCCAUUAUUGGUGAAGGAAUGCCCACGUAUCGUAUUCCUAGUCAGAAGGGUAACUUGAUUAUCCAGUUUCACAUUUUAUUUCCGAAAUUCCUUUCUUCAGAGCAACAAGUCUUAUUGGAGAGAACUUUGGGUCCUCGACCAGAUAUUUCGAUGGAAAGUGAUAACUUUGAACAAGUGCAGAUGGUAGAUUUUGACUCGGAACAGUUGAGAGACUCGGCCAAGUCUAAUGAAGGGAAUAUUUAUGAUGAAGACCAAGAUAACAAUGAACAUACAAGCCGUGUCCAAUGUGCACAACAAUAAAUAUUAUUUGAUAACUUUUUUUAUAUAGAGUUCAAUAUAAUUGUGUACAAAUUG